AUGACAUUUGCCUUUAAGAUUCUCAUAAUCGUCGGCUUUUUGUCAGCGUGUUCCGGGUACACCUGGUUGAGUGGAGCAUACAAUGGCUCUGUUUACUAUGCUUGUGUGGGCGACUCAAUCACCUUUCCCUGGGCUGUCAUCCCCUCUGGUACUGAGAGGGUGACCGAUAUGGAAUGGUACUUUAGAGACAAUGACGGCAAUUCUGAAACCAUUGCAACGUACGUGGACGGUGAGUUUUCUGUGCCCCACUCUUCACACCAACGGUUGUUCUUCGCGGAAGAUGUCGGCCUGACCAUCAGCAACUUAACUCAGGAAGAUUUCGGGGAAUACUUUGUUCGUGCAGACAUCAGGAGUGGUUCAUCGUUUGAAACUCAGGCUCUAUACACAUUUCUGCGUCAACCAGAUCCUCCCAGAACCGACGACAACCUGCUGCACGCGCGGAUGUUGCCGGGCGCCGUGUACAGGUCUGGAGACUGGCACGUGCAACUCGCAUGCGGUAGAUUUUCAUCUUGGGGUUCUUCGUCUUUUUCUGUCAAAUGGAAGACCCCUUCAGGUCGCUUAUUGAACAGCGACACUUCAUUAAACAGCAAUUCCAUUUUGAUGUUGACCAACCCGAUCGAAGAAGGAAGCUACUCCUGCUUCAUAGACAUCCAUGAGCCUGCUGCCAGGUAUACAGUGCGCCUAGUCAACGGAAACAAACCAUGGAAUGGAAGACUUGAAGUGAAGUACAACGACACCUGGGGAACAGUUUGCGAUGAUAGCUUUGGCGUGUCGUCUGCUAUUGUCCUCUGCAAAAUGUUUGGACUGAGAGGAAACACCCCAGAGGUGCAUGGUAACGCAUUCUACGGCCAAGGCACGUUGCCGAUCCUUCUGGACGAAGUUGCAUGUUCUGGCAGUGAGACCAACAUCUUUGACUGUCGCCACAACGUCGUUGGUCAACACGACUGCAGCCACAGCGAAGAUGUCGGGGUCGACUGUUUGCCAGCCCUAUCCGUGUAGUAAACAAGAAAACUAAUGUUCCUCUUCCUGUCUCGUGAUUAAUUGUUUGUUGUUAAUUUGCAGUCAUAAGACUUGCAGUCAACAUCUUACAUCAGUGACUCAUGUAGCUGUUCAAUGAUUAUCAUAAAAUAUUGAUCGACAAGAUAA